GCUUCUGCUGGCUGGCUUCAUUUGGAUAACAACUGGAAAGUCCAGAUUUCUCAUGACUAUGGACUGAUUUCCAGAAGGUUUGGAUUUAGACGGAGCACCCAAGUGUAAGAAGCCUGCAGUGUCUAAUUAGCAGGGAUGAUAUUAACUUGUUACAUCUUUUGUGCACAGUUCAGAAUUAAUUGUUAAAGAACAAAUAAUACAAUUUUCUAUGGACUUUAUGGAUAUCCCAUACCAGGAAACUCACUGAAGAAGAACUAAAUAGACAAAACUUUCUGUCAUCAUGGAGCGUAAUAUAUUUGGACUCCUUUUAUUAAUUUCAAUUUUAAAUGGUAUACAUUGUCAAAGUGGCCGUCAGCCUCAGUGUGAACAAGGAAGUUGUUACCCAGCCACAGGAGACCUGCUGAUUGGAAGAAAAAGUGAUGAACAAUUGUAUGCCUCGUCAACAUGUGGUUCCAGAAAUCCAGAGACCUAUUGUAUUGUUAGUCAUUUAGAAGAAGAAGAAAAGUGUUUUAGUUGUGACUCGAGGACCCCUUGGUCAUUACAGAAUAAUCAGAGUCAUAAGAUAGAAAAUGUUGUAUCUUCGUUUAUUAGAGACAGAAGGGUACGCUGGUGGCAGGCCGAGAAUGGAAGAGAAAAUGUACAUAUACAGUUAGACUUAGAGGCAGAAUUUCAUUUUACUCAUCUCAUCAUGACAUUUAAAUCUUUUAGACCAAAAGCUAUGCUUGUAGAAAGAUCACAUGAUUUUGGCAAGACAUGGAAGGUUUACAGGUAUUUUGCAUACAACUGUGAAAAGUCGUUCCCAGGAGUUUCCCGAGGCCCAGUACAAAAUCUUACGGAUGUGAUUUGUGAGACAAGAUAUUCAGACGUUGAGCCUUCUACAGGAGGGGAGGUAAUUUUCCGAGUGUUGCCUCCAUUUAUCCCAGUACGUGAUCCUUACAGUGUAAAUGUACAAAAUCUGCUCAAGCUGACAAACCUCCGAGUUAACUUUACCGAACUUCACACACUUGGUGACACUCUUUUAGACAGCCGACAUGAAAUCAAGGAGAAAUACUACUAUGCCAUUUAUGACAUGACUGUGAGAGGAAGUUGCAGUUGUUAUGGUCAUGCUUCCAACUGUGUGCCAGUACCUGGGUACAACAACCACUCAGGAAUGGUACAUGGCCAGUGUGAAUGUACACACAACACGAUGGGAAGGAACUGUGAAUUAUGUAAGACUGGCUACAAAGAUGUACCGUGGCAGCCUGCUAGACAUAAUCAACCAUUUGAAUGCCAGAAGUGUAAAUGUAACAACCACGCAGAUGAUUGUAAAUUUGACCCGGCGGUUUACGAGCAGUCGGGUAAAAUCAGUGGAGGAGUUUGUAUAGACUGUCAACACAACACCAUGGGCAAGAACUGUCAGGAAUGUCGCACCUUUUACUACCAGGAUCCAAACAAGGACAUCCGUGAUCCAAACAUCUGUCAACCCUGUGAUUGCGACCCUGAUGGUUCUCAGUACCAAGGUAACUGUGAUAGCCACACUGAUCCUGCGUAUGGCCUGGAGGCUGGUCGCUGUACCUGUAAACAGUAUGUCACGGGCAAACGCUGUGAUGUCUGUAAAGAUGGACACUUCAAUCUGACUUCAGACAACCCUUAUGGCUGUGACACCUGUAUAUGUAACAACUUAGGGACCAUUGGCAACCACGGCUGUGAAAAAGAUUCUGGACAGUGCUUGUGUAAAAGAUACGUGACAGGAGUGAAGUGUGACUCAUGCCAUCCUGGUUUCUGGAACCUGAGUGGUGAGAAAACUGGAUGUUCUCCAUGUAACUGUGACCUGGGAGGGGCCGAGUCCGAGGUCUGUGACUCCCAGGAUGGGCAGUGUAUCUGUCGACCAAACAUCGGCGGCCGUCAGUGUAACCAACCGGCCACAGGAUACUACUUCUCACUGUUGGAUUACUUCCGAUACGAGGCAGAAGAUGCUAGAGGAAUCGGGAAAACCAGACUGUACACCCUUCCUUCCUACAACUACUCCAUACUGCCUUGGAGACAGCAGUGGACUGGACAAGGCUUUAUGAGGGUUAGCGAGGGCGAUAGGAUUGAGUUCAUCGUCAACAACAUUGAUUUCCCGAUGGAUUAUGACAUUGUCAUCAGAUACAACCCAGCGAUGCAGGAUGUUUGGGAGGAUGUACGUGUCUAUGUUAUCCGUCCAGGGCCAGUCAACGAGUUUGGACCAUGUGCAAACCACAUGCCAUCAGAUGACGAGAAAGUAACCAAUCUCAUGACUAACCGAAGUUACACAGUUGUGUCUCCACCUGCCUGUCUAGAGCCUGGAAAGGAAUACACCAUCAGGCUUGAUUUCCGUCGCUUUAAAACCAAUGCUGAAACACCAGAUGCUGCGCUCAAUAUUGAUUCAAUUGUCCUAAUCCCCAACAUGGACACAGUGCCCAUCUUCUAUGGCCCAGGCUACCCUAGCUUCCUUAAGGAGGAGUUCCAGCGUUAUGGCUGUUAUAACUCACAGUUAAAGGCUUUCCAGGAGGAACCAAGAGAUCUGUGUUAUAACCUCACCUUCAGCAUUUCUUCUGUUCUCCACAAUGGAGCCCUGGAGUGUAACUGUGACUCGACCGGCUCUGUAGACCUUGAAUGUAACCCUGCUGGUGGUCAGUGUCGCUGUAAAACCAACGUUGUUGGUCGACGAUGUGACCGAUGUGCACCAGGAACUUACGACUUUGGACCUGAUGGCUGCAAACCUUGCAAUUGUGUUGGGGAGGGAUCUCAGGACAAUUUCUGUGACAAGCAGAGUGGCCAGUGUCUGUGUAGGCGUAAUAUAGGCGGCAGGAUGUGUGAUCGCUGUGUUGAUGGUUACUAUGGUUACCCCAGCUGUCGACCCUGUCAGUGUAACGGUAAUGCUGAUACAUGUACAAAUGACAUCGGAGCCUGUCUUCAGUGUCGGGACAACACUGUGGGAAAUAACUGUGAAUCAUGUGCCCCGGGAUACCAUGGUGACCCUCGUAUCAGUUACCGCAUUCCAUGUGAACCCUGUAUGUGCCCUGGUGGACCAGACAGUCCUAUACAACAUGCAGACUCGUGUAGUGUAGAUCCAUAUAAUCGUAACCUACAGUGUAACUGUAGACCAGGCUACCAAGCUCCACGAUGUGACCGCUGUGCUGAUAACUAUUUUGGUCAUCCAAGCAAGCUGAACGGUACAUGUGAACCCUGUAUAUGUAAUAACAACAUUGACCCAGAUGUACCAGGGGGAUGUAACACCACCACAGGACAGUGUCUCCUCUGUCUCUUCAACACUGAGGGUUUUAACUGUGAACGCUGUAAACCUGGUUACUAUGGUGAUGCUACAACACAAAGCUGUAAAGAGUGUGUCUGUGAUAUUUAUGGAACCGACCGUGACAGUGGUCCCUGUGAUAGGGAGAGUGGUCAGUGUCCUUGCCUUCCUAAUGUGGAAGGCCAGAGUUGUGACCAAUGUGCAGCUGGCUUUUGGAACAUCACCAGUGGAGAAGGCUGUACUUCGUGUGGAUGUGACCCUGAGGGCUCUUUAGGACCAGAGUGUAACCAGUUUGAUGGUCAGUGUCAGUGUAAAGAUGGUCGAGGAGGCCUGGACUGUAGUGAGUGCCCAGCAAACUACUGGGGAGACCCGACUAGGGAAUGCUAUCCCUGUGAUUGUGAUGGUCAAGGAUCCAGCCAAACUCAGUGUGAUCGUCGUACUGGUCAGUGUAUAUGUCUGACUGGUAUUACUGGAUACAAGUGUGACCGAUGUGCUAGAGGUACCACUGGAGAACUACCUAACUGUAAACCGUGUGGAGACUGUUUUGACAAUUGGGACAGAAUCAUCCGCGACCUCUCUGCCCAGACAUCCAGACUGUUGGAUGAUGCUACAAGGAUCAAGACUACAGGUGCUGAAAGGGCCUUUGACAAGGAGUUCAGACAGAUGGAACAAAACAUGGACGAAAUCAGGCAGAUUGUAAACAGUGCUAGCGUAGCCUCUACAGAUAUGAAGGAUCUGGAGGACAUUCUCAAGCAGCUGAGACAAAACUUGACAGAAAGCAUGGAUAGACUUGAUAGUACAGAGACAGGACUGGACAACAGGAUGGACAAUAUUCGUCAGGGGAACAACAACAUUCGUGCUCUUCAGACACGAGUCAAUGACCUCAAACUCAAGGCUGACCAGCUCGUUAAGAAUGCUUCAGCCAUCCGUGCCAAGGAUGUAGAAGGAGCUUAUAAUAUCACUAAAGAGGCCAAGCAGCGAUCACAGAUGGCACAAGCCAAAAUCGACAAUACUCAGUCCAUUAUGGAUGAAGCAGAACGUAUCACAUCGGAGACAGAAAGACUACUGGCAGAGGGAAAGGAUAGGUUUGACAGCCAGUUAGCUGAAAACAAAGAGAAUUUGGCCAGUCUUGAUGCUUCAGUCAGUGGUCUGUCUAACAGAAUAGCUGACAUCAAUGAAAUGGUUUGUGAUGGGCGUGGUGACCCUUGUGAUGACAUCUGUGGAGGUGGAGGAUGUGACAAGUGUGGCGGAGUAGGCUGCGAUGAUGGAGCAGUCACCAAGGCUGAAGAUGCUAUCAAAUUGGCCAAGGAUGCUGAGAGUCUGCUGGCCAUGAAAGAAGAUGAUGCGAAUAAUCUCCUCAGCAGUAUUAACACAGUACAACAAGGAGCUGAGGAGGCUAAGAACGAAGCCACCAUGGCCUACAAUGCUGCACUUCGUGCCAAGAAUGAGACCGAGAUGGCUCGCCUUAUGUUGGAAACUCUUCUCAAUAAAGUAGCAGACGUCUUGUUACCAUCUUCAGGAACACCAGAAGAAAUCAGAAAUAUUGCUGAGGAAGUUCUUGCCAUGAGCAUUUCUCUGAAUCCAGAACAGAUCACUGCUCUGGCUGAUGAGAUCAACAAAACCAUUCAAGGUCUCCAAAAUAUUGAUGUCAUCCUCAAUGCAACUAGUGAUGACUUGAACUUGGCACAGAAACUGAAAAAUCAAGCUGAAAUGGCGGAGGCAGAUGCCAACUCCAUACUGGGCAAGGCAGAAGAUGUGUUAGAUAAUUUGCAGAGUGCAACAAGUGCCCAGGAUGCUGCAGAUCGUGCCAUUAACCAGGCGGACAGCGACAUCUUGGAUGCAGAAAGGGAUCUGACACAGAUUGAGUCAGAAACAGCAGCAGCAGCAGAGAAAUCUAACAAAUCCCUACAGGUGUUAGAAGAACUGCGUAUCCGACUGAUCACCCUUGGUAACAAGUACAUUGGUAAUGGUCGUAAGGUGACGAGAGCAGAGGAGGCAGCUCGGGAUGCAUCUACUCUUGCCACCACAGCUGAGAGGAAAGCUGAUGAAUUAGCUACCCAGUACACAGACACAGCCACUGAGCUCAACACCAAAUACAACCUGACUUCCGUGGCACAGCAGCGAGCUCAGGAUCUCAAGGACAAAGCUGACCGACUGGCAGGGGACACCACCACCAAACUGAGCAAACUGAGAGAAAUGAAUACCAACUUUAAUACAAACAAGAAGAGGUUAGAGAAACUUUCUACAGAUAUUGAUGAUUUGAAUAAUCGAAUGGAUGAGUAUCUACAAGCGAUACGGGACAAGUCUGAUAGCUAUUUCAAGUGUAAAACCUAGUGAUGUAUUCUCUCUAGUGUUAUGUGACAACUGUAUACUGAACCUAUACCUUCAAUUGCAUGUGACAAGUUGUAGGUUUUUUUUUAAUUGUGCCAUGGUACUCCCCUUUAUCCUGUCUUUCUGUUUGACGCCUGUCCCCAGUCUCGUAAGAUUGUUCACGACAGACUCUGGUUGUAAUUAUUUUUGAUGUUGUGAGAAUGCCAGGUCUUCUUUUUAUAUGUGUUUAGCGCAGUUUUGUAGUGAGAAUCUGUUGUGAUGAAAACUUAAUUUAUUUCAUCAUUUCUUUUUGUUGAAGGAUAUUUAAACUAUCAUUAUUUUAGCUGCAUUGUUUCAACAAUGCUUCACUGAUAUUGAAAGACAAGUUCCGCUAUGUGCACAAAUAUGAAAUAAGAGAAGAUCCUUAUUUUUGGUAUUUCUGUGAUAAUGGAUAUCUUUGUAUUCACUAUUGUGGAAAAUUAAAUCAUUUGGAUCAUGAAAGCUAUCACCUCAAACAUUGGUUUGUCUCAUCUGUUUUCAGGUCAUUUCUCCCAUAGUUGUUAUGGUUUGGAAGAUCAUUUGUUCUGUUACUAAGGUGCAUUUUCUACAGUUCUGUCAUUUUUUAGGGGUAAUUAUUUGCAUUUGUAGUUCAGUUGUGUUGCAUGUCAGAAUAUAUAUGUAUGUGUAUGUGCAGCUGUAUCAAUGUGUGAUGUACACAUGUGUGAAAUCAUCGCAUAUACAACUGUAAAACUGGCCAGGGCUAAAAACGGACACAGUUAACUACCUACAGAAUCUGCAGGUUGGCCAAGUACAAUUUGUGGCAGUGUCACAGCGACCUAGAUGCAAAAUCUGUAAUUAUGCCGAGAACAAACAAUGUCAAGGUCACAACAACAUUAAUACAGAAUCUAAUCAUGGCCAGUUUCAAGUCCAGACAAGGUCAAAGAGACCUUAACACAGAAUCUGCACCAUACUAGAACAAUUUACGAGUGAAUCACUGCGACCUAGAUAGACUUUUUAGUCCUCCAGAUUACAAUAAGUCAUGAUAAAGGGCUGCUGUGGCCUUUAGUCGUCUAUACUUCUACCUAGUAAAAUGGGCCAUGACACGGAUUUUGUUUCAUAUGCUAUUCUCCAUACCCAGUGUAAAAGGUGAUGGCAGGAUACCGAGACCUAGCUAGGUAAUCUGUACUCACCUGUGGUAGUAUAUCCUAGCACUAGUGUCCAUAUACGAUAUUAUACCAGAGCAAGUUAACUCCUGGGGCUGUGUAAUUCAUAUGUAUGAUAAUUAGUUUAGUGUAUAUAGUAUAAUAAUUUUUAUUACAAUUUUUAAAGUCAUCAAUUUUUAUAUAUAAUCAUCAUUUUGUAUGCUGUGUUGGUUCGCACUCUGUUUUAUAUGUAUCUUGUUACUGAUGUAUACCUAGUUUGUAAAAAUUAUUACAAAUCAAAAAUCCUGACAAAUCCAGUGUAUUAUUGAACAUUCUCAUCUCUUCAUACCAUGAUUUAUCUUCUUCUGUAUCAGACAAACUUAUUUAAUUCAUCUUGUAUAUGAAUUCUUUAUAAAACAUGUUUGUGUGCAAGUCCUGUGUUUAAAGCACCUUGCUGUAUGUUAAAUGAUCAUGCCCUUUGAAUCAAAUUGUGAAUGAUUAAAAGAUGGAAUAAAAACUGAUGCCUAAAAAACAAUGAGUUUAUCCAAGAUUUUUUCAAACUAAAUUAUUUCAUUUUGAAUUUUAAUAUAUUAAUGUCAUGGUUUUCACUGCUAUUGAUAGACUAGUUUUUUAAUUUUAGUGGUUGUGCUGUUUUAUGUUUCCAAUAUUUCACAAAUUGAUGGGCAUCUUUUUUUUUUUACAUAACACAGGUUUGUACAUUCAGUACGCAAUGAAAAUCUGUUGUUAUUACAAACACAAUGGUGCUAUUGUUCUUUUCUUGUCAUAUCAGAAGUUAGACAUAUGAACAAUUCAAGUCAAUAAAUUUUCAUCAAAAAAUUUUCAAAGUGUAUUUUUUGUUCUCUCUCGUCGGUAUCUGUUAAAUAGAGUUUUAUGUGUACUCAUUUCAUACCUGUAUUAAAUAUUUAUUCUAGAUCUGUCAGCAUAAUACAAAUUUCUUCUUGUCUAUCUGUAGGUGAAUUGCAAGGUCAUUCUUACUACUUUUAUACACAAACUUAGAAUGAUACCGGUGUUGAUGUCAUCUUACAAUUAUGAAUGAUUGUAGAUUUGCCAGUAAAUAAUUACUUCUUGUCUUUCACUCUGACCCAUAAAACUUACGUGUAUAUUGAGUUUUGGACUAAGGUUGUAUAUAGAAAUCCAGAUACCCAGUUAUUGGGGCAGUGAUGAUGCUCAAAAGAUUAAUUUGAUUUGUACUGUGUCUAUACCGUACUUUAGUGAAGUGUAAUGUAUAUGAAGGAUGUUUUAACUUAAAACACUUAAAAAUGCCAUUUAAAAGACAAUUUUUACUUGAUUUUUUUGUAAUAAAUGUGAAGUCUUUAAAUUCAAUAAUUAAAUUUAUUUUCAAUAUUUUUGUUCAACUAAUUUAUAAGUAUACAAUGUCUAUGGAAGAGAGCUUUCUUUAUACCUCAGAUAAUUGAUAAUGUAUCAUUUUUAUCUAUGAAAAAUAUUUUACAUGAAAACUGGAGAUUGACAGAUACCUAAGAUUAUCAGUGAUUGUUACCAAUAUCUGUGUCACUUGAAAUUGCACCAAGCUAUACAGUUACUGUGAUACUACAACCACAGAGUAUUCUGUGUGAUAUAAUAGUGGUCAGAGUACUCUUUGUCUGUAGUGAGCAUCCAAGAACUCACUGUAACACUAGUGUCAGAGUACUCCUCUCUGUAACACUAGAGUGUCCGAGUACUCCUCUCUGUAACACUAGAGUGUCCGAGUACACCUCACUGUAACACUAGAGUGUCCGAGUACACCUCACUGUAAGACUAGAGUAUUGGAGUACACCUCACUGUAACACUAGUGUCAGAGUACACCUCACUGUAACACUAGAGUGUCCGAGUACUCCUCUCUGUAACACUAGAGUGUCCGAGUACUCCUCUCUGUAACACUAGAGUGUCCGAGUACUCCUCUCUGUAACACUAGUGUCAGAGUACACCUCACUGUAACACUAGAGUGUCCGAGUACUCCUCUCUGUAACACUAGAGUGUCCGAGUACUCCUCUCUGUAACACUAGUGUCAGAGUACACCUCACUGUAACACUAGAGUGUCCGAGUACUCAUCACUGUAACACUAGUGUCAGAGUACACCUCACUGUAACACUAGAGUGUCCGAGUACUCCUCUCUGUAACACUAGAGUGUCCGAGUACUCCUCUCUGUAACACUAGAGUGUCCGAGUACUCCUCUCUGUAACACUAGUGUCAGAGUACACCUCACUGUAACACUAGAGUGUCCGAGUACUCCUCUCUGUAACACUAGAGUGUCCGAGUACUCCUCUCUGUAACACUAGUGUCAGAGUACACCUCACUGUAACACUAGAGUGUCCGAGUACUCAUCACUGUAACACUAGUGUCAGAGUACACCUCACUGUAACACUAGAGUGUCCGAGUACUCCUCUCUGUAACACUAGAGUGUCCGAGCACACCUCACUGUAACACUAGUGUCAGAGUACACCUCACUGUAACACUAGUGUCAGAGUACACCUCACUGUAACACUAGAGUGUCCGAGUACACCUCACUGUAACACUAGAGUGUCCGAGUACUCCUCACUGUAACACUAGAGUGUCCGAGUACUCCUCUCUGUAACACUAGAGUGUCAGAGUUCUCCUCACUGUAACACUAGAGUGUCCGAGUACUCCUCACUGUAACACUAGAGUGUAGGAGUACUCCUCACUGUAACACUAGAGUACACCUCACAGUGUUAGAGUACACCUCACUGUGACAGAAUACACCUCACUGUGUUGGAGUACACCUCACUGUGUCGGAGUACACCUCACUGUGUUGGAGUACACUUCACUGUUUUGGAGUACACCUCACUGUGUCAGAGUACACCACACUGUGUCAGAGUACACCUCACUGUGUCAGAGUACCUCACUGUGUCGGAGUACACCUCACUGUGUUAAUGUACACCUCACUGUGUCAGAAUAUUUCUGUGCCAUGGUAUUGGGGUGAGACCCUAUAUUCCUUGUAGUUUUACAGAGUACACCUCACUGUCACACUAGAGUGUAGGAGUACACCUCACUGUGUCAGAGUACACCACACUGUGUCGGAGUACACCUCACUGUGUCGGAGUACACCUCACUGUGUCAGAAUAUUUCUGUGCCGUGGUAUUGGGGUGAGACCCUAUAUUCCUUGUUGUAGUUUUACAGUUUCUGUGUGCUUGCUGCUCCUGAUACUUGGACUAUGAUUUAAACUUUUGACAAGACGACGUCAGUUUGACCCGUGUUUAAUCAUCCCCAUCAUGUGAAUUCAACUGUAUUAAAUUACCAGCUAUGAUGUAUCAUU